AUGGCCCCUUUCACAUCCAAGAUGGCCCCCCUCCCACUGCUCGCCCGCGCCAGCUUCCCCCCCCCCCUCCCUCGCCUCCUUCGCCCUCCGUCGCCGUGUCCUCUGCUGCCGCCGAGGCUGCCAACGCCCACUAUCCGUGGUUGCCGCGGGGAGCGCCGCGGCCACCCCCAGGAGAUACUCAACAUGGAGUAUCUGGAGGAGCGUGCGGCCGCCAAGAGGGCCGAGAGGAAGAAGAAGAUGGCCGAGAAGGCCCGGGCCUGUUGGCCCUUUAAAAAAUCCGACUCCGCCUCCCAGCCGCGCUCCUCCGCCACCACCACCACCUCCUCCUCCUCCUCCUCCUCCUCCUCCUCCUCCUCCUCCUCGGGCUCCAAGGACGCCCAGAAGAAAGGGAAAGCCCCCGACAAUGGGGAAACCCCCGAUAACACUGGGAUCUCCGUCGACGACGCUGGGCCCUCCAAUAAGGGCAAAAACAGGCGGGAGUCGCCCUCCGAUGAGGGCGUAAAGGAACUCCCGCCUGCCCUCCCCCUCCCCCGCCCUCGACUCCGUGUGCUGGUUGAUGGCUCCACUUUGGAGCAUUCGUCGACCUCCUCGGCCCCCGGAGCCGCUGAUGCCCCCGAUUGCGGGGUUGAUUUCAUCGUCGUGCCGCCCGGUUGCCUCUUGCCCGCCUUGCCAAGCCGGCCGCCAGACUCUCAUUCUGGUAUAGGCAAGACGGUAGGCUCGCUACUCGCUGGGAUGAAGUGA